AGGGGGUUCACGCUCGCUCUUCAGCUGUCCCUUUUCCUCCAACUCAUCGGUUGACAUCUGAAGAAGUAUUUGAUAUGGAUGGGAUACCCAGGGUUGAUGUUCUGAAGAACCACCUGGUUAAAGAAGGUCGGGUGGAUGAAGAAAUUGCACUUAGAAUUAUCAAUGAGGGUGCUGCCAUACUGCGGCGGGAGAAAACCAUGAUAGAAGUAGAAGCUCCAAUUACAGUGUGUGGUGACAUCCAUGGCCAAUUUUUUGAUCUGAUGAAACUUUUUGAAGUAGGAGGAUCACCUGCUAAUACACGAUACCUUUUUCUUGGUGAUUAUGUGGACAGAGGUUAUUUUAGUAUAGAGUGUGUCUUAUAUUUAUGGGUCUUGAAGAUUCUAUACCCAAGCACAUUAUUUCUUCUGAGAGGCAACCAUGAAUGCAGACACCUUACUGAAUAUUUUACCUUUAAGCAGGAAUGUAAAAUUAAGUAUUCCGAAAGAGUCUAUGAAGCUUGUAUGGAAGCUUUUGACAGCUUGCCCCUUGCUGCACUUCUAAACCAACAAUUUCUUUGUGUUCAUGGUGGACUUUCACCGGAAAUACAUACACUGGAUGAUAUUAGGAGAUUAGAUAGAUUUAAAGAGCCACCUGCAUUUGGACCAAUGUGUGACUUGUUAUGGUCUGAUCCUUCUGAAGACUUUGGAAAUGAAAAAUCACAAGAACAUUUUAGUCAUAAUACUGUUCGAGGAUGUUCUUAUUUUUAUAACUAUCCAGCAGUGUGUGAAUUUUUGCAAAACAAUAAUUUGUUAUCGAUUAUUAGAGCUCAUGAAGCUCAAGAUGCAGGCUAUAGAAUGUACAGAAAAAGUCAAACUACAGGGUUCCCUUCAUUAAUAACAAUUUUUUCGGCACCUAAUUACUUAGAUGUCUACAAUAAUAAAGCUGCUGUACUAAAGUAUGAAAAUAAUGUGAUGAAUAUUCGACAGUUUAAUUGUUCUCCGCAUCCUUACUGGUUGCCCAAUUUUAUGGAUGUCUUCACAUGGUCUUUACCAUUUGUUGGAGAAAAAGUAACUGAAAUGUUGGUAAAUGUUCUGAGUAUUUGCUCUGAUGAUGAACUAAUGACAGAAGGUGAAGACCAGUUUGAUGGUUCAGCUGCAGCCCGGAAAGAAAUCAUAAGAAACAAAAUUCGAGCAAUUGGCAAGAUGGCAAGAGUCUUCUCUGUUCUCAGGGAGGAGAGUGAAAGCGUGCUGACACUCAAGGGCCUGACUCCAACAGGGAUGUUGCCUAGUGGAGUGUUGGCUGGAGGACGGCAGACCUUGCAAAGUGGUAAUGAUGUUAUGCAACUUGCUGUGCCUCAGAUGGACUGGGGCACACCUCACUCUAUUGCUAACAAUACACAUAAUGCUUGCAGGGAACUCCUUCUGCUUUUUAGUUCCUGUCUCAGCAGCUGACAUAAGCAGGGUACUAUACGAUAGGCAGUAUCUGAUUAGUACCUGGUCAGGGCAUAAUAUUGAUAGAACGGGUUGUCUUUCAAUUGAAAAUAAUGGUCAGUUUCCCAACUUUUUAUAAAAUGAUAUGGGAACAUCUCAUGUCAUAAUUCUGAAAUAUUUAUUGAUACAUUUGUCUAAUGCACCUUUUUCUUUUAAAAACCUCAGUCAAGAAUGUGAAUCAGGGAUAUACAUAUUACUAAAAUGGAAAUGUAAUUCCAACUUUAACUUUUAAAAUUUAUAUAAUUGUAUUAGAUUAUGCUUACAUUUUCAAGUAUUUGAUUUUUGAGUUAAAAUUCUGCUUAGACCCAAAAAUUUCCUUUAUGCACUUCAUUUGCUAAAAGAUUUAUGCCAAGUUUUGUACCCUGGUAAAUGAUUAGAGUUUGUUUUCUGUGGUGUUUGUCAAAUGUUCUAUGUAUAAUUGACUGUCUGUAACAUGCUGUUUUCUUCCUCUGCAGAUAGAGCUGCUUUCCUAAAUCUGUCUGUCUUUCUUUAGGGUAGCUGUAUGUCUGUAAAUAUAUGUUCAAUUAAAUUACUCUAUCAGACGCUUGUCUGUCUUUUGAUGUAGAAGCAGCUUUGUAGCACCUUGAUUUUAGGUUUGCUGCAUUUGUUCAUGCACUUGGUGCAUUCUGAACAUGAAUGUAACAUUAGAUAUUAAGCUAUUGUUAUAAAGGGUUGAAUUUAAAUCCUGUAAGUCAAAAUUGAAAGGGUGUUAUUAAGUGUGCCUUUAUUUUGCAUGAAAAUAAAAAAAUUAUACGUAAAGCAUUCCUGUAAUCUGGCUCGUUGAAUAUUUUAUGUUUUUUAAAAAGCUAACUUGAUUGUUUUAGUAUCUGUGUAAGUCCUGGGUAAACUUUGAAAGCCCAUUAUAGAUUAAAUAGAAUAAAGUGCUGUGAAUAUUGCAGCCCAUACACAAUAGUGCACAGUCUCAAUGUCUUUAAAAAUUGUAAUGUGGAAAAAACUAUACAUAGAGCCACUUUGACAUCCCUCCAAGGCUUCUUGUUCUAUUAAAACAUGCAGUGAUAGAUCUGUUGUCCAUAAUACAUUUUUUUGGGUGUAUUUUGUGAAUUUUUUUAAAGUGAAGAAAAAAAAAGAAAUUCCCUUAUGUCAUUUUACUCAAUUCAAAAAGAAUCCUUUUUAUUUAAAAUAAUUUUUGGUAGACAAAUAAUUUUAUCCUAUAUGUGUUCUAUUUUAUGUUAUUCUAUUGUCUGUUGUUUACCACUGGUGCAAGCAAGUUCAACUAAGUACAGUAAUGGCUUUCUGAUUGAGUAGAAACCAUAUAUAGCUUCAGAUUUUUAUGCUGAAUGAGGGUUUUUUGUUGUUGCUUUUUUUGUUUUUGUUUUGUUUUUUAGUUUUUGAAAUAAUUCAGAACCUUGAACAUUAUUGUACCACUAAGCUAUAUUCCCUUCCCAAGAUUUCUUUUUCCUUUUCUUAAUUUUGGAUUUGAACAAACUGUUUCUGAUCUUCUUUAUUUUCUUUGCCCUCUACUUUUCCUUUACAAAAAUUUUAAAUGCCAAAGAGAAUUUCAUAAAUUUAAUUUAAACAUUAAUAAAACCUUAAAUAUUCAAUACAAAUUACAAAAUUGUUGCUAGUAAAGGAUAAUUCUAAUAAGAAAAAAUAUGCCCGUUUAAAAAAGAAAAACACAAAAUUAAAAGAUAGCAUAUUUAAAUAAAUCUACUUGUUAGUUUUACAUUGUAUCCAUGGCAAACCAUGCUUUCAGAUUUCUCAGUUAGCACCUGCUAAUUACAUGCUUUGUUGACAGCUCAGUACUUCUAUUUAUUCUUACUUUGCAUGAAGCCUGAAGCUCAUUCCUUCAACUUGGAAACCACCCUCAGCUGCAGGGAAGGUUUGAAAGACAGCAGCUUUGUUGAAGGGACUGUCUGUUCCUAUCCUAGAGUGAAUUACUGGAAGGAGCUGAGCUUAAGGUGUCUAAUUUGGGAAACUGGAUAGCUCCCUAGUUCUACUAGGGAUGACUCCUGAUGUUAUGUUAUGCUUUGAGCAUUUGGUUGAAGUUAUUUCCCUAGCAUAUGAAAACUUGUUUUAAAAUAAGUAACAGCUCAUAUAGAAACUACAUCUUUGAGAUUUUUUUUUACUUGAAAACAUUGUUUUAAAUCUCUAUAGAUAGAGACUCUAAUGUGUAUGUAUGACUGAGAGAUAAUAUGAAAUUAAAUUUAAUUUUGAACCUUCAAGACUAUUUUCAGAACAUAGAAAUUACCUUUUCAGUAUCUUUUAAAUUUUUUUCUUUUAUUUUUUUGAGACAGUGUCUCACUGUAUAGCCUUGACUGGCCUGGAGUUCACUAUAUAGACCAGGUUUUCCUCGUACUCAUACAGGUCCUCCAGCCUCUGUUUCAUGAGAUACAAAUCCUCUAGCCCCUGCCUCCUGGGUGCUGGAAUCAAAAGCAUAAGCACCACCAUGCCCAGCUUCUUUUUAGUAUCUUUGAAGCUAAUUCAUAUGUUAUUUUUGGGUGGAGGGGGUUGUUGCUGUUGUUUUAAAAACUACAACUCAGCUGUACUUCAAUUUUGGAGUUUUGUAAUUUUUUUCAUGGUAAUUUCAUUGGGAAUUAGUCUUAUAAAUCUUUGCAUAUCAUAUUUUCCUAUGUGGGAAAAUAUCUAGCUAUCUCUAUUUUAAUAAUGCCAAAUUCCUGUUGAUUGUUCUUUAUUGUAUUGAAGAACAUAAUAGUUAAAGGCAGUGCUAUACUGAUACUUACUAAUUAGCACUGUGUUCUGUGUAAAUGAAAAUAAAGGAGAAGUACAGUAUGGCUUUCAGUAUGACUCAAUUGUAUAGUUAUCAUGUUUCAUCCUAGUUUACUAUUUAAACUUCAGAUGUCCAUAUUUCAGUUCUGAGCCUUUAAACUUGACAGAGUAUAUAACUUACUGUCAAGUUUCAUAGCUUAGAGUUUAUCAGUAGAAUUUUAGACUUUUGAUAUAAUUAAAUGAUACUAAUUCUCUUAAUGAAGUCAAUUUUAGUCUUAAUUUAUCAUACACAAGUUAUAGAAUGUUUACUACCAGUCUCUUCUGCUAUCACAACUCUUAAACCAUAUUCCAAUAGACAUUUUUUCUUCUUUUAACUUUAAAUUACAAAGUGUUCACAUUAUGAAGGGGGUUGAUGAUGAAUGUUCGAGAACUGAUAAAUAUAUACGGGUCUUUUUUUCAUUCUGUUUUGUAUAUUUUUGUUUGUUUGUUUGUUUGAGACAAGGUCUCACUGUGUAACCCUGGCUGGCCUGGAACUCUCAGAGCUCCACCUGCCUAAGUGGUGGGAUCAAAGGAUGGCCACUAUGCCCAGGAAGAGGGAUCUUUUGUCCUAGUUUCCUCUCUGGAAAAAUUUUGUACAAUUCUUUGCAGAUGCACAUUACUAGAUUUUUUUUUCAAAGUUGAAUUGCACAGUGGGCAUAUAAUUUGUAUGUCUGAAUAAUUUCAUUUAACAAGUAAGGAAUUUUACAUCUUUAUUCAUUAUUCAUCCUACCUCUUUUAGACCCCCAAUUCACUUUCUGAUUAAGAUCACUACUGUUUUCUAAUUUAGUUUUUAAGACUCUUCCAUUCAUAACUGUUUUGGAUGAAAUAAUUUCUAAAUCAUACAUUUUUUUAAAAAAGACAUUUCAGAAACAAGUAUUCUAAUUACCAUUAUUGUAGAAGAAACAAAGCAGACAAAUUGUAGCAUACUUGUAAUUUUCUGAGCAUACACACUUUGUGUACAGAAGGGUAACAUUGUCAGGCAGGUACUAUUAUUCUUUGCAAUUUUAGAUUAUACUUUCCAGUGUGAACUCUUGUUUGUUUAUUUGUUUGUUUAAACCCCAAAAUGAGCAAACAAGUAACCUUUAAAAUUUUUUUAAUUAUUAUUUUACUAUCUUAUUCAUAUGGCCUGCAUAUAUGUACAUGUACUAUGUGUGUGCAUUUAUGGUGUCCUUGGAGAUCAGAAGAGAAUAUCAGAUUUCCUGGGACUGGCAUUACAGAUGGAUUGUUAGGUGUCAUGUUGGUGCUGGGAAAUAAACUUCAAGUCUCUGUGAAAACAGCAAAUGUUCUGAACUGCUAACUCUGCAUUGCUCAGAAAGGCAUCUUUGACUACAAAAUGUACAACUAAAUGUUCAGUUCUUUAAAUGAUCCAGUGCAAGUUAUACCAAGAACUUUUUUCUCACUUGACCCUUAUUAUGAAAUAAUUAGGACUAGUUGCCUGAAGACAUUUUCUUUAAUUCCUUUCUGAUUAGCGUAUGGGUUUGGAAAGGUGCCCAGUAGCCUUUUUUCUUCACCUAAGAAUGCAGGCUUCUUGCAUCCAAUCAAACUAAUUAUCAUGAUAAACUGAAUGUAAAUAGAAUUUUAAAAAUGUUAUAGGUGUUUAGAUAGUUUAGAGUAGGAGCUAGGGCAUAGUAGUAUACACUAAUAGUCUCUCAGCUUCUUUAGAAACAAAUGCAAGAUGAUCAGCCUCCUUCAAAACAAACAAAACUGAAGUUCCUAGCAUAGAGAAUGAUUUCUUUUAGAGUUCCCCUAAAGAACAGAACUUGAAAAUUAUAUUUAGAUUAAUUCAAUAAAUAUAGGGUCCAUCAGUUUUAUCACAGUUGUACCAGAUUUUCUGCUAUACUUUGCAUUGUAAAUUUAAAGGGACCAAAAACCGUUAUUGACCCCUUCCUAGUUUGUAUCUUAGGGAACCAAAUAGUGAUGAAUGUUGUUAAUAUUAGAAGUGAAAGAAAAGAUUCUCUUGUUUCCUUUUCUGCUGCAGUGCUAUCAUAAUUUUUCUGUAAUGAUAAUACACUGAUAAAACAAACAUAAUUGAAAAUUCUAGCCAUAAAAAUACUGAAUUCAGGAUAAGUAAUUAAUACUGGAAUGCAUUAGCAUGGGUGUUGAGGUGUCUGUCUUUAUAAUAGGUCUAUAUGUCCUGUACUCUGAUGUCGUAGUGCUGUGUGUAAGCUGUGCUGUGUUAGGAAUUGGGGGAUUGGGUGGAGCUCUCUAAUAAUGGGUAUAGUUUGUGUUCAAUUGUAAAUAAUGAUAUAGUUUGGGUACUGUGAUAUAUUAAGUGAUCAUUGCCUUUUCUGCUGUACAAUAUGACCCUUCUCAUCUCUCUCAUUCAUUUUGCAUGCCUCUGCUCACUUCUGUACAGCCACAGUUGAGGCUAUUGAG